CUCCGAUUAACAAAGACAUGAAACAUCCACAACACCUGCACCAUGGCACACCUUCUGCGCGGAAAGCAGGCCGGCGUCCACAGCGACCUUUCUGCCGGCCUGGGACCUGACCUCUUUGUGCUCGAUCAUAUCACCAACUUUGGAAUUAGUUCCCAAAUAUCGCAGAUUGCCUACGACCCCGUGCAGUCCCUCAUCGCCGUCGGUACCAACGAAAGCAAGUUUGGCUCUGGGGAGAUAUAUAUCUUCGGCCAGAAGCGCGUCCAAGUCGUCCUACCCCUCCCACAUCGAGCCUCGGUCAAGAUCCUGCAGUUCUGCGCCGAGAAGUUGUUGUGUCUCGAUUCACGAAACGAUCUCUCUAUAUUCUCGUUGGAGACUAAGCGGCUCAUCAAUGCGCACUCUCCCCCCGCGAAAAUCACAGCUCUGCACAGUGAUCCCACGCUAGACUAUGCCUUGCUAGGGACACAAACGGGCGAUGUACUGGCCUAUGACCUCGACCGAGAGAAUCUCGCGCCAUUCAAAAUACCAAAUUUGUGGAGGGAAAAGUUCCCUCGGUCGCGAUUAACCUCGAUAGUCUCGCUCUCCUUUCACCCACGAGACAUCGGAUCUUUGUUGAUCGGCUACAGUGCUGGUGCGGCUAUAUACUCCUUCAAGCAGAAUAAAGCUGUGAAGUUUUUUAACUAUGUGCUCGGCAAAGGCGCUCCUGGGGGUGACUCUGACCCAUCGUCAGUCUUUACAGAGAGGAGUCCGCCCUUGACCCAGGCUGUAUGGCACCCAACUGGUACCUUCGUCCUGACUGGGCAUGAGGACAGCAGUAUCGUCAUCUGGGACUCGAAAGAUGGGAGGAUCGUUCAGGCCAGGACCUUGCAAGACACGAACGUGGACAGACCUGGCCCCGGAACAUUUAGUCCUGGUGCGGCGCCGGGAACAUUUGCACUCAAGUCACCACUAUUUCGCAUUGCUUGGUGCGCCAACCAAGACCCGGAUGACACGGGGAUUCUGAUCGCUGGCGGUGCUCCAUCUACCCUAACCACCAAAGCCUUGACCUUCUUCGAACUCGGCCGUACGCCCGUGUACAACACCUCCUCAUGGCAGGUUCUUUCCGGGCACUUCGAAAAUCCAAAACGCCAGAGGAUCUUACCGACCCCACCAAACACCGAAGUUAUCGAUUUCUGCCUCAUUCCCCGUUCUUCCCCGCACUUUGCAGGAGCACAGGAUCCGAUUGCUAUCAUAGCCUUACUAGCAUCUGGAGAACUCAUUACGUUGAGUUUCCCCAGCGGUAUGCCCAUCUCUCCAACAAAUCAACUGCACCUUUCUAUGACCCUUGUGCACCCGUUUGUAAACCACAUCAAUCUAGCGCCCGUAGACAGAACCAGAUGGCUAGGUAUGACGGAGAAGCGACAGCGUGGUCCUCUUUUCCUUACUGGCGGCGCGGAAGCGAAUAGCCCUCUGAAGAGAUUCGAACAUCGCAACAUUGUCCAGACUUCCCACGCAGACGGAACGGUUAGGCUUUGGGAUGCUGGGCAUGCCGACGAAAUUGAGAACGACUCGCUUCUCCAACUUGAUGUAAGCCGAGCGGUAGGCCGUCCCGAAGAUGUUGAGGUCACUCGAAUGGCGUUCGCAGGCGCCGCGGCUGAACUGUCCGUGGGUCUUAGAUCCGGUGAAGUCGUCAUCUUCCGAUGGGGCGUCAACAAGCACUCUGGACAGGAAUUCCCACCCGGACCCAAUCUAGAGCAUGCACUUACAAGCAUCACUGACAGGACGGAAGCUGCGCUCAAAGAAGGGCUAUUACCGUUUACUUUACUGAAUGAAUCAAAUGGGCCUGUGACAGCGUUGAAGCAUUCAGAUGUUGGCUUCGUCGCUGCUGGAUUCGAAGCAGGCAGCUUAGCAGUCAUCGACCUCAGAGGCCCUGCCAUCAUCUACAGUGCGAAAGUGACCGACUUCAUCAAAACGGAUAAGCGAGGCAGCUUCCGCCGCAGCUCGACUCAGGCUCCUACUAAACCUGAAUGGCCAACGAGUAUUGAGUUCAGUGUCAUGACAGUGGAAGGCGAUGAUUACUCCAGCAUCUUACUUCACAUUGGAACAAACCUUGGACGCCUCGCUACGUUUAAGCUACUUCCGGACUCAGGUGGCCGAUACUCAGUAAGCUUCGCUGGCGCCGUCUCGCUUGAUGACCGCAUAGUCAACAUCUGUCCCAUCCAUGCAGAGACUGGCCGUCCAGCAUAUGCCUCCCAGUCAGCCGUCUCGGGGCUUAGAAAUGGAGCCAAGGUGAAUGGUGUUCUUCUUGCAGUUACCGCAUCAGGAGCCAGAAUAUUCAAGCCAGCAACACACAAAGGUGCCCAAAAGACGUGGGAUGAGUUCUUGUGUGAUUCUGCUGCCAUCGUUCGGUAUGAAGAGCUUGGGUAUGCACUGCUUGGGCUUUACGGUGACGGCUGUGCAAGAGCGUAUUCGAUACCGGCGUUGAAGGAGAUUGGAUCGAUCAAGGUAGAUCAAGUCUUGGAUACGAGGAGGUUUUCUGAGGCAGUCAUUACUAGCACGGGCGAUAUUUUUGGGUGGAAGGGCCCCGCUGAGCUGGUUUUGAUCAACGUCUUUGGAACUGGGCUUAAACUGGACCAAAUGAGAGAUACACUUCUGAACCCAGAGCUGUUGGUUCCGCCAAGACCAACAAUAUCAAACAUGCAAUGGAUAUCUGGAACCCAAUACGUCACCCCCUCAGAUAUGGACCUACUCAUUGGCGGACCCGACCGCCCCCCUUCAAAACGCAUGCUCGCACAAGCUCGAGCAGAUGACGAACAGCGGCGACGAGACGCUCGUCUUGGAGCGGGCACCGCUUCUUCAUCAGUGGCGCCUGCAGAUGAAGGGUGGGGUGCCUGGGCAACAAGAACGCUGAAUGAACGAACGGAGAAGUUGAAUAUCGUUGGUGACAGUAUGAACAAUUUAGAACAAAACAGCGCGGGCUGGGCGGACGACGUGAACAAGUUUGUGCAGAAACAAAAGAGGGGCCUAGUCAUGGGUGCUAUGAAAUCCAAGUUUGGAUUCUAGGUAGAUGGGAAGGCAGGUCAAGGGGGAUACAUUCGGCGUAUAUGGGCGUUGAGUGAUACAAGCUUAAAAACCUUAGGUGCGGCGAGCGAAACAAGUGCUACUAUGUUUGAAGGACUAAUUGGGAUAACGAAAGUGGUGAAUAGACUUGAUUGCAAUACUUAGGCGUACAGUGGAAGGUCAAUAACUGUGUAGAUGGAUGCAAAUUGCACAAGUGGCCCAGAAAUGCCUUGCUGGCUGGUGGUCUGCUUCAAAGCUAGUGUCUG